CUUGGACAGCAUUAUCACUGCCUCAGCCAAGGGUUCAGGGUGAGUAAAAGUAUUUAACCUACGUAUACAGUGAUACUGGUAGAGUAGAUGUUGAUGUUUGCCAUGUAUCCAGUAGUUGGGAUGUGUAAUGGAGUAUAUUUGUGUAUAUUUGUGAAAUGAAUUAUAAUUAUGGAAUUAGAUUUCUUCAUGUUUUUGAUUACAUUGUCUAAAAAAACCUGUUAACUAGUUUGGAAAGCAAGCUGGGAGCCUACAUUUUAUUAUAACCUUUUUGACUUCUAGUGCUGAAAAUGAAAGAUUUACAAAUUAGUUUCAGUGUUUACAGUCAGUUGUCAUAUUGUUACAAGAUGUACUUGGGGUUAGGGUUGGAGUAGUAACAUGUAGAUAAAUGUGCUUGAGAAAUAUGUGUUGAAAGGAGCAGAAUAUAUUUUGUAUAAUGUACUUACAUAAUUAAACUGUAAUGAAAACAUUCCAUUUAAAGUGGGACUAAAUGAUUAAUUAAUAAUCGAUCUUGCAAUUAAUCGCCACCGCGAUCAUGAGAAGCAGUAGAUAGAUAUUUUUGUUUACAUGUUAAGUCUCUAAAUAUAGGCUAUACCAUUUUAGUUCCUUAGUUACAAUUCAGUUCAUUGUAAUCCUUGAGGUAUACAUAAGUUUAAUAAUGUUAUGGCUGUCAGCACUGGUUAAAAUGAUAAAGGAAUUACAUUUGAUCUCACAUUAGAAUGAAUCGUUAAUCAUUAAUAAAAGAGUCGUGAUUGAAUUGAACUGUGACCCAAGAAUCACCUUGGAUACCUGGGGAUUCCCACGCUUAGCACCCAUCCCAUAAAUACAGAAAAUAUGGUUAUGCCACCAUACCGGUAAAUCAAGCUGUGUCGACAGACAACAAUGAUUUCCCGGUUUGAGGUUAUGAGUCACCAACAGGUUAUGUCAGUUAAUGCCUUGGCUACUAUUUGCUAUUUUGUGGGCUGAGGACAAGGAGAAGAAUUAUAGGAAAAUGGUGAACCAUGAAAAGAAGGCGUUACCAUUUUUGUGUAAUGGGCAAAACACUUCAGAGUACACAGCUGACCAUGUUUUGAGUGAUGCUCAUAUGUUUUUGGGAGGCAUGCUGGUAAACCUUUUCUUUUCAUUAAAUGGGUCUUGGUUUGAAGAGCGGAUUGUAUGCAAAAGCGUACUCAAUUCAGAGAAACACAAAUCCUUCAUAAAUCCCUGUUUUUUUUAAUACCUGUAAUAAUUGAAUUGCAACAAAUUUGCUUGUAAUGGUGUGCCCACAAACCUAAAGUAUGGUGUUAGGGACAUGUGGUAACGACAACCUAUUGCAUGUUAUGCUGUAAGACAAGGGCCCCUAUUCUGAGUGUGUAAACGGCUGGCCUAAACAGACUGUCCUGCCUGGGCCGGUUGUCUAGGUUCCAGCGAUAAACAAAACUUUCCGCCCGAGGCGUGGAUUUGGAGUGUAGGCGUGGCCACAUAUUCUUCUGUGACAGGGAAAAUCUGAAUGCACCAAUCACAAACCAUCACUGCCCUGAUUGAUCUAUCUGGCAGCAAUCUCACAUUCCCAUUUCUGGAAGAUUGGCACAUUAUGCCGACAUAUUUCUAUAUAAAACUAUGCAGAGACAUACUUGUGUAAAAUCUUGUAAUAUUACUCUACCUUGUCAGUAAACAUGCUUCUUUGACUUCUGCCAUUUACCACUUCCGUAUCAUUCAGCUUGUCAACCAAUACACAUGUACCACUGUCCAUCAGGGGGUCUCAAAGCAGGAUUUGUAUUCACGACGUUGGUGUAAAAGUGAACUACAGUCUGCACCUUUAGGGGGAGCUCAGUAGACAAAAAUACCAAUGCUCACAUAAUGGGGCUUUAAAGCUAUGUAUAAUGUCUGGUUUAUGUCCUUACAGAAAAAAAUGGAAAUCUGGAUAUUACAGAGAUAAACAAAGGUUUAAACCUCGUUGAAGGGGACAUCAAGGGAGGGGCCAGCCGGGCAGAAGAGGUCCAUUCGAGGUGAUCAGUACCGCUGGCCAUUGCCGGUCCCGUAUGAUUUAAACUGGAGCUUGGACAUGAAUGCCAAAGGAGUCAUCCUGAAAGCCUUUGAGCAAUUCAGACUCAAAACGUGCAUCAACUUCCGGCCCCGGCGAUGGUGGUUUGAACAACAUUGGAUUAAUCUGAAGUGGAGCAUAGGAUGCUGGUCUGAGGUGGGAAGACAGCCUUCACGGGCACAGGAUCUGUCCAUUGGCUCUAACUGUGACACUGUGGCUACAGUGGAACAUGAGCUCAUGCAUGCUCUGGGCUUCUGGCAUGAGCAAUCCAGAUAUGACCGGGAUAAUUAUAUCACAAUCAACUGGAAGAACAUUGAAGCAGGGGAGGAGAACAAUUUUGAAAUUGGUACCAACACUAACAACAGCACCAUGGACACCCCAUACGACUAUUUCUCUCUCCUGCACUACUCAAAAGGUGCCUUCAGCAAAGGCAAUGAAUCAACCAUCAUCACAAAACGACCUGAGUUCCAGGAUGUGAUUGGACAGCGACUGGAUAUGAGCCACUAUGAUGUAGAAGAGCUCAACAAGUUCUAUGGAUGCCAUGAAUCCAUCUCCUUCCUGGACCACUGCAGCUUUGAUGAGAUGUGUGAGAUGAGUGUCUGUUCCAGAAGAUCACGAGGGUGGAGGAGAGUGAGCCACACUGCUGCAGGUCCCCACUCAGACCACACCUACCUGGGCACUGACUCUCAGGGCACAGGCUUCUUCAUGCACUUCAGCACCAAGAGAGGCAGCGUGGGAGACUCUGCCAGAUUGCAGACCAGGAGGAUGACCCCCAGAAGAAGCUGCAAGAUCCAGUGCCUUGAGUUCUUCUACUACCACAGUGGGAGUUGGUCCGACCAGUUCAACAUCUGGAUAAGAGAGUUUGACGGUGUGGAUGACAUCAUAGGAACUCGCAGACUCAUGAGUCAGAUACAAGGUUCCCCAGCUGACUACUGGAAGCUCCACCAUGUUCCUCUGAACGCCACUAAGACCUUCCAGGUGGAGUUUGAGGCCCGCAAAGGAGUAGGGGCCUCCAGCGGUGGCUUCUCUGUGGACGACAUCAACCUGUCAGAGACCGAGUGCCCCCAUCACACAUGGCCAAUCAGGAACUUUGAGGAAAAAUUAAGCAUAAGUGCUAAUAACUCAUUUCUUCACAGCCCAAAGUACUACUCUGCCGAUGGCUAUAGGUACCAGAUAAUGGUACGACUGAGCAAAGAUCAUUUUGGAGUAUUUUUCCGACUAGUUUCUGGGAUUAAUGAUGAUACACUGAAGUGGCCUUGUGCUUCAAGGCAGGUGACCUUUACACUACUGGACCAGAACCCUCACAUCCAGAAGCGCACGUCCCAACAAAGAAGUCUAACAACAACAUCAUUUGGCCUUUAUGAGGCCCACUAUCCAAGAAUCUGGGGAACUCUUGAAACAGAUGACAGCUCCGAUCAGUUCUACGCUAAUGAAGGGAUGGGUUAUGGCCUCUUCAUGUCUGCCACUGUUCUCCGAUCCAGAGAGUUUCUGAAAGGAGGUGGCAUCUUUCUCCUCAUCUCCAUGCAAGACAUCUCCCCAUUACGCUUCAAGGACACACUUCCGUGUCCCAGCAUCCCAGUCAAGACCUUCCCUGUGCAAAAUGAUGAUGAUGAUGAUGAUGAUGAUGAUGAUGAUGUUCCAUGUACAACGCAGUAUUCUGUUCAUAAAACUGCUUUGAGACCUACCACCCUCAACACAACUGCCUCAACUACCAGGUCUGGUGUUUUUUCAGGCAACUUCUGGAAGUAUGACGUCACCCCAUCGGCCAUUACCAUAGUUGUGGUGUUAUUAUUAAUUGUCUGCUUUGGCUUGGCUGUGGUGUACAAAAGAGGUUGUUCUAAGGGAAAGAGAACUCAGAUCACAUCUGCAGAAAACAGGCUGUUCCUUCAGGAGCAAAAGCAUUUUACAGCGUAGGAAAAGCUUCACAUAAUUCAAAUGUAUACAGAGGUUCACAGCAUACGUAUGUUUAGAGAUACCUGUAUUGCCUUGUUUUGUAUUUUUUAUUCCUGCAAGAUUGUGUUUUCUUUAGAGGAGGGUAUGUGUCAUAAUUGGAGUAAUGAGGGGUCAUAAAGGUCAUAAAGGGUUAUUAAUAUGACAAAUCGGAUGGAUGGUUAGUUUUGAUCUAGCUUUGGGUGACAGCUUGCUUGUCAUAUUGGAUGGAUGAGACCGGCCCUCUGCCCUUUCUCCCCCCUCCACACAGGCAGUUGACCCCCACAAAUGGUGUGAAUCAUUUUGAUAGUAAGGUGUUAUCUGAGAGGGUGAGAUUUCCCGGCGUAGCAAUGGUGUUUCUGACCAGGAUCUAUCCUGUUGGCAUAGCAGGGGUCAGGAUGACUGGCUGCUCUAGGCGUGAGCACGGGGUUGAUAACAGAAAUUUGGUGGUGAAUGAUGUCGUAAACCGGUGUUACCCAAGUAAACCAUAUGACUUAUCAGGCGCUCAAGCAUAGCAAGGUCUUGUCAGCCUGUGAGAUGGCAUUCUUUCACUCUAUUAUAGGAAACUUUAAGAUGAUAUAUACAUAAUCCCUAUGGGCUAAUGGUAAUGAUACCGGCUUAUUCAAGUUUAAAAGAUUUAGUUUUGUAAGGCUUGACCCAUAAGACAUUUGUUCAUGAGAACAAAAGAAGAUAUAGUUCAACAACACACACACACACACACACACACACACAUGCAUGCACGCACGCACCCACAGACACACACACACACACACACACAUAUGGCGAUAUGGCAGCAUAUGUGAGUCAUAUACAUGAUGCAUUGGCGGGGAUUGUGGAUGUGUCAAGAAUUCUGGGUGGUGAAAAUGGGGUGCUCAACAUAACACUACGGGGUUAUAGUCUCACGAGUGACGUGAAUGUGUUGCUAACCCCUGCAAAUGGCUAUGGUUUAGAACAUCUUAUUAAUGCCAUUGAGAAGGUUUUACAGAGUAAUACGGCCAUCUUGACUGAUAAUUCUUUAGAGUUAACAGUGGCUAUAGCCCGCUGUAGAAAUGGGGGUGGGAGACCCAGUCGAAAAUUGCGUGAUCUAGCACAUGAUGAAGUCAUUAAACAGAAAAUAAUGCACUUAUUCAACCCUGUUAACAGGUCAAAUAAUUUGUGUUUUGCCAUGUGUUUAGCAAAUUAUCUAAACCCCCAUAGUACGUCAAACAGAUUAGAGGCUAUUGCAACAGACAUGCAGAUGCGUGCAGGCUUCACCCCACAGCAGAAGAUUGGUUUUAGUGAUAUUGCCAAAUUCGAGGCCCUGUACAGUGUUAAAGUGGUGGUCUUCUACCGCGGAGCUGAUGCCAAAUUACUACAUUAUCAGACCGACGAGAAACCCAAUGAUAUCAUAGCUCAUUUAUACCUACACAACGAGCAUUAUCAUGGCAUACUGAAUCUGCAGGGUUUCAUGGGUGUAGCGCAGGUCUGUAAGUUUUGUUACGUUGGUUACAGAGACAGCAUGUACCACCGAUGUAAAUACAUAUGUGAUGUAUGUCACGAUGUUGAUUGUCAUAGGAUGGGUGGGGGGUUCAGACAUUGUGGUGAUUGCAACCGUUAUUGCAAAUCUGCUUACGGUUUUCAGAAGCACAAACAACAAGGCCCCAGGGGUCGUACAGGUGUUUUAGCAGCCCCUUGUGAUAUCACUAAAUAUUGCAAGACCUGUCACAGACGCUAUAUGCUGUCUGUGGAGCAACCUAAACCACAUAGGUGUGCCCAAGCGGUGUGUCACCAUUGCAGGUUGAGGUUGACCCCCGGUGAUAACACUACACUACCAUCGUGCUGAUUUUGAGACACGCCAUGAAGAUGGUAAGCAUAGGGCUAAUUUUGCGUGCGCCAUAACCUGUGGUGGUUAUGAGUUUACAGCUGAGGUGUAUGGUUGUGUAGGCAAGCUUUUAAACCAUUUUAGAUGUUCCAAGUACAUUGGACAUACAUGGGUGGCCCACAAUGCCGGAGGGUUUGAUAAUAUAUUGCUUCUGGUGCAGUUCACUAGUAUUGGGGUCACCCCACAUGUGAUAAUGGGAGGGUGCAGGGUCACAUAUAUGUAUGAGGAGCGCUUCAAACACAGGUUUAUAGAUAGUUAUUCCUUCAUACCUAUGAGGUUGGCUAACACCCCCGCGGCAUUUAACCUAACCACCAGCGAUAAGGGCUAUUUUCCACAUCUCUUCAACAUCAGAGCCAACAAUAAUUAUGUGGGUGCCUAUCCUGAUAAGAAGUUCUAUGGUUAUGGGAAUAUGUCAGACAAGGAUAGAGUGAGUUUUGAUGCGUGGUACAGUGGCAUCCAUGAUGGUGUGUUUGAUUUUCAAAAGGAGUUGUAUGCGUAUGGCAGAAAUUAUGUGGUUCUGCUACGUGAAGCAUGUCUUAAAUACCGUCGUGAAUUCAUGGAGUCUAUGUCCAUAGACCCCUUUAAUCAAGUUACACUACCAUCGUGCUGUAUGGCUGUGUAUAAGACACACUUCCUCCCCAGAGACACACUGGCGUUGACGCAUAACAAUGCUUACAUUAAUCAGCAUAAAGCCUUCUCCAAUGUGUCAAUUGAAUGGCUUGAAUUUGUGAAAAGUCACCGAGGGGUUCAGGUGAGCCAUGCCUUAAGCGAGGGAGAGGUCAUGUUUGGGAAAUAUUACCUAGAUGGGUACUAUGAGGAGGGUGGUGUGAGAUUUGCGCUGGAAUUUAACGGGUGUAUGCACCACGGUCAUGAUUGUCGUUACAACCCUCACCAUAUCCAUCCCCUGUCAAAAGUACCAUACAGCCUCCUAAGAAAGCAGUUUGAUGACAAAGUACAAACAUUGUCUAAGACCUACGGGUUAAAGGUUGAAAUCAUGUGGGAGUGUGAGUGGAAGCUGGCCAAACAACAUGAUGGUGAUGUUAUUGCGUUUAUGACCACAUACAUACACCCUGAGCGGUUGAAGCCCAGAGAGAGUCUUUUUGGGGGUAGGACAAAUGCUUACAAAUUGUAUCACAAAGCCCAAGCUGAUGAAAAGAUUCGUUAUGUUGAUUUUACAAGUCUUUAUCCCUAUUGUCAGGCUCGAAAAACAUACCCUAUAGGACACCCGCAGAUCAUUCUGAAAGAUUUUGGACCGCUUGAGAAUUAUUUUGGGUUGGUCAAAGCCACUGUCUACCCCCCGAGGGGCUUGUUACACCCAGUGCUCCCAUACCGUAGCGGGGGUAAGUUAAUGUUUCCUCUGUGUCGCACCUGUGUAGAAAUGGAGGAGCAGCUUACACCGUGUGCGCAUAGCAAUGCUGAAAGGGCUCUUUCAGGUUGUUGGGUCACUCUUGAACUGUUGAAGGCUGUUGAGAAGGGUUAUACAGUUGUUAACAUUGAUGAGGUCUGGCACUUCCCACAAACAUCAGAUUCGCUGUUUUCAGACUAUGUGAAAAAAUUCCUGCAAUUUAAACAGGAGUCCAGCGGGUAUCCAUCCCAUGUGACGUCGGAGGUUGAGAAACAGGCCUAUGUUGACAACUAUUUUGAAAAGGAAGGGAUUAGGUUGAACCCCCAGAAGAUAGCUGUCAACCCUGCCCGUAGAACCAUUAGCAAAUUGCUUUGUAACACCCUUUGGGGGCGUUUCUCUAUGCGUGAAAAUCUUCCCACAACUGAAAUUCUCAAAGACCCUGAGCAAUUUGCGAAACAUAUAUUUGGUAGCGAAUAUGAAAUAACUCAUUUUUCAUUUGUCUCAGAGGAUGUGGCCUUGGUACAGUGGCGUCAUGCUGACGGCGUUAGAGGGCAGACCUCCAACAUCAAUGUAUUCAUUGGUGCGUUCACCACGGCUCAUGCCCGGCUUGAACUGUAUAAUGUCAUGGAUAGGCUAGGCGACAGGGUGUUGUACUGUGACACUGACAGUGUGAUUUUUGUUUCAAAAGAUGGUGAUUGGGAACCACCACUAGGGCCGUAUUUAGGGGAUCUCACAGAUGAGCUGGGUGUAGGCGAUCAUAUUGUGGAGUUCUGUUCUGGAGGGCCGAAAACAUACGGAUACCGGACAGCUCUGGGUAAAACUUGUAUGAAAGCUAAGGGCAUCACCCUGAAUGCUGAAAAUUCUAAACUCAUCAGGUUAGACACCCUGAUUGACCUGGUUGAUCAUCACGUGAUCAAUCGCAACAGCACACACCACAUCCUAGCCCAGGCUGACAACAUUGUGCGCAAUAAGAAGGACCUCACUCUAAAAAAUAAAGUAGAUGUUAAGCGCUUCAGAGUUGUGUACAACAAGCGUGUGUUAUGUCCUGACUACUCAACGCUGCCAUACGGAUACUGAUUGUCUGUGGGGUAUGUUAAAAAUGGCUUUCUUUAAUACUGGUUUGACAGCUGUUAAUAAUUUUGAUUUCAGACUACAACACCCUUUUUCAUGUAUGGUCAGUGGCCCCUCCAACUCGGGGAAGACCUAUUUUGUAAAAAUGUUAAUAAUGUAUGCUGACCAUGUGAUUUGUAAUAAAAUUAAUAACAUUGUAUAUAUA